GUCAGGUCUGAAGUCGAAAAGGAGGAAAAGCACAAAGGAAUUUGAGUCAUCUGUCACUUCUAACAAUGUUCUGGGUCUAAUUGCAUGUCAUGUUAUUCCUCGAUGUGACAUUGGACUCCUCCAACCUCCAUACCAUCACUGGCAGUAAGAAGGAGACAUGGCUGGAGCCGAUGGACAAGUUCAGCGAUACGCAGCGCCAGCCAUUCAAGGAUUUUGCUGACGUCGUGUGCGCCAUUCCGGCCGAGAAUACCAGCACCGGCGUGCCUGCUCCGGUGCUCCCUACUCAAUCCCCCGACAACUUGCGGUUAUCCUGCCCCGACCUCGACAGUUCGAGUUCAGUGAAAGGGCGGACGUCUCUUGACCAGCUACGUAGGCACGGCUCCUCAUCAUUGCUUGCACGCACAGAAAUUGCUUCUGUCCCAAUCAACUUCAACGACUCCGAGCUCUGCGAGUACAGUCACUUGGCGUUGAACCCAACUGCGAGGUUCCACAUCGGCAGGCGUUUGUAA